AGAAGUCCCUAAAAUCACUUGUACCUUUCAAUUUCCACUGGCCACCCAAAGCUUUUACUGCGCAAGUCAAUACAAUGUCAUAUUAUGUUUUGUCAAAUCUACGUAUUGAACAUUGAUAGAAUUGAAAUUGCUAACUAAACACGUUUAAAUCGUUAAAAUAGUUAUAUUGUAGUACUCACGCGACUUAUUCACAAAUUAUUUGCAAAUAAAUGUCACUAUCCAAUCACUGGAUGGCACUUUGAAAUUAGCGAUCGAAGUUGACAAUUGAGACAAAUGUCUACAGGAGGCAGUGGAGCUGUAUUUUUCCUCGGAACUAGAGCUCAUUAUCAGGUCCUCCAACGGCCCGAAAAUCGUUUCGAUUUGGAUAACGGCAACGAAUCAACGGAGUCCAUCUAUCAGAAUCGUUCGGCGCAAGAGCUGUGGCCUGAGGGUAAGAUGAAGGAUUCGGACAACAAGAAUCGCGUUAAAGAAUGCAAUUGGAGCUACGAAAACGAAGUUAACGUGUCCGAUGAGAAAUUAAGAGAGGAAAACACAGGCAAUGGAAUCAUAAGUCGCACAAUACGACGCGAGAGCGAGACGGCUUCUUGUGAAAAGGACAACGAUAUUAAGCCUGCCCUGUUGAACAUCGAUCCAGACAGUGCGUCGUCUCCGAAGCCGCGUCGGCGUCGCCACUUCCUGUCGCUGCUGUCGUCGCUGACGCGACGCAAGCGACGCCACGACGCUGACGAGACCCAAUACCUGCGCCACAUCGAGAGCGCGCUGAUGACCUGCACGUACAAGGAGUCCUGUCGCUGUCUCGACUGUCAGAGCCGUUACUUCGAGUGUGACGAGAGCGAGGAUUACUCGUCGGACGACAGCGACUAUUACCCUCAGCAGAUCCUCCCUCCAGCGCCGCAGCCGAUGCAGCAGGAGGAAGAUGACGAGGUAUUUGUCGACACGGCUCCAAGCGAUAACACCUCAACCGACAUGCUUCUCGAGAAAGAGAAGGCAUCGAUAUCUUCGGAGGAAGUCGACGAGUCGGAGGAGGAUAACAUGCAUCUGGAAGUGGCGGCUGGAACGCCAAUUCUUCUCAACUAUUUACUGACACAUCCGAUAACGUGUGCCAUACAGUAGUUGGCUCGCCCCUCAAACAGCUGGUGGGUCAGCGAAUCUCAAACUUUUGAAUCGAUUUUAGUCGAUUAUUUUCAAACUAAAAUCGAUUAAUAAACAAGACAAGAUUAACAAUCAACAAUUGUUCGUAUUAAGCUGUUUAAGAUAAUUCGCGUUGAUUUAAAUGGAUUACGCUUAGAUGUUGCACUAAUAGCUUUAUGGCUGGCGAUAAUUUGUUCACUCAGCUCAUAGAAAUUGUGAAACUGUAAAUGCUUGUCUUUUUUUUCCUGCCUAUGCUGAUAGCGUUGAAAGGCUAUAUCAGUGUUACCCUAGCAUGUAGGUGAGCUCACGGGGCUCAAACCGGAGUGUUGCUAACAUUGACCCUAGCAAGAGCCGUGAUUCGCAGAUCGGAAACGCGACCCACUGAGAAGAUCCGACGAGAAACUCAGUGGGCUGUGUCUGUGGGAUGCUUGUCCUUUAUAUAGUGGGUACCGGUAAAGAGAACUGUCUUAAAUGGACAAAAAAUAUGAGUGGAAAGUUGUGACUUGGUAACACAUACAGCGGCGAUGUACCGAGCGAGGUGUGAUGUGAAUGUAGACUGUUUUUUUGCUCAGUUGGAUGGACGGCCUGGUGUUAAGUGGUUACUGAAACCCAUAGACAUCUACAACGUAAAUGCGCCACCCACCUUGAGAUAUAAGUUCUAAGGUCUCAGUAUAUAUUAAGAUCUAGUUUAUUAAAUCCAUUGCGUAGCGCGUUCGAACUCACGGUCGACGCGGCGGAUAUCACUUUGGCCACAUUAUAUUCGUUCAUUUACAAUCGACGCGGCUUUAGUGUUUUUAGUGAGUGUUUUUUAACGUUCUCGAUAGCGUAAAAGUUAACGCAAAUUUGUAUGAACGUUUGCCUACGUUUGCCGCUAGGGGCGCUGUUCCAACUGCAUACAAACUUAACUUUUACGCUAUCGUUAAAAAAUACUCACUAAGCACACGGCACUACUCGCUAGGGUUCGCGUUCAAGAUAAUUUCUCACGAUACAAACACUAUUAGCUAUGCACAAUUCGGAUACGCUAAAGAUAUAAUUAUAAUCGUAUGUGCCUAGUAUGAAUAAUUCGAGAGGUGAACGGAUAUUUGGAUGAGAGCAACAUUUUUGCAACUUUACAUGAGAGCUAUUUAAAAGUUCAAAAUUUAGAAAAAAUAUCAUAACAAAAAAAAAAAAAAAAUUGCUUAGAUGGGUGGACGAGCCCACCUGAUUUUAAGUAGUUACUGGAGCCCAUAGAUAUUUACAACGCGUAAAUGCCGCCAUCCACCUUGAGAUACGAGUUCUAAGGUCUCAGUAUAGUUACAACGGCUGCCCCGCCCUUCAAACCGAAACGCAUUACUGCUUCACGGCAGAAAUAGGCAGGGUGAUAGUACCUACCCGCGCGGACUCUUAAGAGCUCCUACCACCAGUAAAAAGAUGUAAACCACUGUUGUUACUAAUACCAAAUAAAGCACACCUUUCGUUAUAAAGAUAAAUGUCAUGUAUUAUGUAAGCAAAAUGUCCCUUAAACCAAAUAUCUUUUCACCCCUCGAUAGUACAUAAUAUAAAUAACCUAGUCUUUAAAAUUUCAAGUCAAAAAAAUAUUACUAUGUAAUUAAAAUGGCGAUUAUAUUAUAGUUUCAAAAUAGGUAAGCUAAAAAAUAGUUCUUAGCUAUGUGUACGUGGCUUAAUUGUUGUAAAGGAUAUUAUAAGCAAUAAAAUCUAAUGCAGC